GGCAUAUUAGCUCACCUAAACCUGUCUUAUUUACACAUUGUAGAAGAAGGUGAUCGUGAUCAUCAGGAAGAGGUUAUUGAUUUGAUUAUCAAAAUGCCUUCCUUCAAUCUCAAUGUGUUGAUGACCCUUGUGCUUGGCUUACUUAGCCUUAGCAGUUUGAGUGAAGCUGAAUACCGCUACCACGUCUGUUAUAACACAACCAGUUUCACUCCCAACAGCACCUACGAAUUCAAUCUUAAACUCCUCCUCUCUUCUCUCACCUCCAACGCCACCCGUGAACUCGGUUUCUACAACACCACUGCCGGCUCCCAAGAUCCCAACGCUGCAGUUUACGGUUCCUUUCUAUGCCGUGCUGAUCUCACAUCCGAUGCAUGCCAAGAUUGUGUAGCCACCGCAGCCAGAGAAACGGUCCAAGAGUACUGCCCCUUAAGAAAAGUCACUAUAAUUUGGUACGAUGAUUGCAUGUUACGCUACUCAAACGUGUCUUUUUUCGGCAAUAUGGAUGAAGCCCCAAGAGUUUAUAUGUGGAACAGGGAAAACAUUACCGAUAAUUCAAACCGGUUGACUGAGGUACUGGCGGCAACAAUCACUGCCAUGGUGCAUACGGCAGCAAAUGUGCCCUCCGGAGAUAAAAAGUUUGCAACAGGUUCUUUUGUUGUAAACUUUACAGCGUCUCAGGAGUUGUACACCCUUAUGCAGUGCACGCCGGACCUGUCAAGCACCGCCUGUGAUCGGUGUCUUCAAGGAGCUAUUGCAUCUCUUCCGGCUUGUUGUAAUGGGAAGGAAGGAGGAAUAGUUUUGUAUCCUAGUUGUAAUGUUAGAUAUGAAUUGUAUCGAUUUUAUACAGUUGUUUCUGCCACUCCUCAGCCACUGCUUCGUCCUCCUCCGCCACUGCUUCGUCCUCCUCCUCCACCACUGAUUCUCCCUACUCCACCAGCUUCAGUUAUAAGGUCUCAAGGAAGAAGCAGACUUUCACCUUCCAUAUUCAUUGCCGGCAGCAUUGCUGUCUCUGUGGUACUAGUUGCUUCGGGUUACUUCUUCGUACGCAGAAGAUCAAUAAGAAAGAAGUACAAUACUGCCCCAAAUCAAAAAAAGGGUAGGAAUGACUAUGAUACAAAUAGUGUUGAGUCCUUACAAUUUGACUUGGAAACUAUUGAAACUGCCACAAACAAGUUUUCUGAGAGUAAUAAGUUAGGUGAAGGCGGAUUUGGUGUAGUUUUCAAGGGAACACUUGCAAAUGGCCAGGAAAUAGCAGUGAAGAGGUUGUCGAAGAGCUCCAAACAAGGUGUACAAGAAUUUAAGAAUGAGGUUGCAUUGGUAGCCAAACUUCAACACAGAAAUCUUGUCAGGCUUCUAGGAUUUUGUUUAGAAGGAGAAGAAACCAUACUCGUCUACGAAUAUGUGCCAAACAAAAGUCUUGAUUAUUUUCUUUUUGAAUCCAAACAACGUGAACAACUAGAUUGGUCAAGCCGCUGCAUGAUAACAGGAGGAAUUGCUCGAGGAAUUCUAUAUCUUCAUGAAGAUUCAAGGCUCAGAGUUAUACAUCGUGAUUUGAAAGCAAGCAAUAUCUUGUUAGAUGGUAAUAUGAAUCCAAAAAUAUCGGAUUUUGGCAUGGCAAGAAUGUUUGGAGUUGAAGAUCAAACUCAAGGAAACACCAAAAGAAUUGUGGGAACCUACGGUUACAUGGCUCCAGAAUAUGCUAUGGAGGGAUUGUAUUCUGUAAAAUCUGAUGUCUUUAGCUUCGGAGUACUUUUGCUUGAGAUCAUAGCGGGGAGAAGGAACUUUUUAGGCUUUCAUCCAACGAAUUCUGCACCUACCCUUAUAGGCUAUGCUUGGCAAAUAUGGAAUGAAAGGAAAGGGUUGGAGUUGAUGGAUCCGUUGUUGAAAAACUCAUGCAGUCCAAAUGAAUUUUUGAGAUACAUCCAUAUCGGAUUAUUGUGUGUUCAAGAAGAAGCAAACAAUAGGCCAACCAUGUCAACAGUUGUUCUAAUGCUAAAAAGUGAAACUACUAGUCUAUCCGGACCUGAGAAACCAGCCUUCUUUACAGGAAGAUCUACUGAUCACCAUGAUCAAGUAAGGGCUCAUGAUUGCUCAGCCAAUGGUUUAACGAUUUCUAAUGAUUUGGCCCGCUGACUAGAGUACAAUCAAGUAAAUAUCAUUGGAUUCCAUUAAUUAAGGGCUUAAGCUAUAAGCUUUAUAUUUUGUUUCACAUCACCAGGACAUGUCAUUUUA